AUGUCAGAAGGGCCAGAAAAACCGGAAAAAACGGUCAAACCUGAGGCUGGUGCCCCAGAGGCCCCAAAGAAAAAGUCAUGGUCCAACCCAGCCUUGAGGGCAAUGGGUAUCCCCAGAAUCCUGCUUCCAUCGAGAAAUUGGAUGAUCUUCUGGACCGUCUUGGCUGGUGUCACAGGAGGUAUUGCUUACGAUAAGUACCAGCAGAAGCAGGUUCGUAAGAAGUAUACUGCUGAAGUUGAGAAGUUGGGCGAGGAGCUCUACGACACUACUAGAGUCCCAAGAAGACUCACCAUUUUCAUCGCACCUCCACCCAACGAUUUCCUUCAGGAGUCAUUGAAGCAUUUCAGAAAGUACAUUAAGCCUAUUUUGAAUGCCGCCGCUAUUGACUUUACCAUCUUUACCGAGGAGAGACAGGGCGACAUUCGUCAUGAGGUUGCAGACAAGAUUAGACAGUUGAGAAGAGAGAGGCUAGCCGAGAAGCUAAAGGAGGAGGAGAAGAUCAAGCAAGAAGCAUAUGACAAGUCAUGGACCAAAUUCUUUAAGGAGGGUGUCCCAAAUGCAUUCAAGAGCUUGCGUAAGAAGCCAGAGGAGCCAGAGGUUUUCGUCAGCCGUCAUGAGUUGUACUCCCCAGCUGAUCUUCUAGGCUUGUACAAGGUGGUCAAGCCUAUGGAGCCAGAAAGGGACGAUUCGAAAGAUUUCCUUUUAUCUGGUGGUGUUCUUUGCAUUGGAAGAGGUACUUACAAAGAGUACAUGACAGGCGUGCACGAGGGUCUUCUUGGACCUUUGGAAGCUCCAGCACCUCCACCAGAGGUCAAGAAGAUUGAGGAAACUCUCAACACUGAAGCUCCAAGCUCCGAGGCAAGUGGUACAGAGACCUCUGCCGAGACUGAAAAGAAGGAAGAGACUCCCGACGAGAUUGAGGACUUUGGGCUGCACACUCGCAGAAACGAGCUCCCGCCUGUGCCCAAGCCAUUCAUUCUGCCCGCAGAUUAUGCCAACGCUCCGUUGGCGCCAGAGUUGAACAUGAACGAGGUUGUUCUCAACGACAAAAACGUCCCCGUCUUGUUUGAGCAGCCUGUGGGCGUCUUUACCGUGCCAAAGCUUUCCGGUAUCAUGAACACGCCCACGAAGAUCUAUAGAUACUACACCAAGAGAUACCUUGCCGCGGAGGUUGCUGAACACGCACAGAAGGUUGUCUACAGUGAGAGCCGACCAUUCCAGAACUUGGACAGCUUCUUGGGAGCUGAGGAGGAGAUGGACUGGCCAAGAAAGUGGAUCGAGAGGGGCAAGAAGAAGAACAGCGAGUGGGUGCAGCCACUUGAGGUUGAUCCUAGAGUAAUUCUGAGGAUGAGAGUGUUUAAUUUUGGAGAGACGAGCAACAAGGGCAUCAAUGUUGCUACGGACGUUGAGAGUGUUGAGGAGAAGAAGAUUGAAGAGGUGAAAAUCGAGCAGCCCAAGGCGGAGGAGAAAUGA